AUGCGUCUCUCCGUCCUCGCCCUCGCUGCCACCACCCAAGCUUUCAGCAUCGGCGGCAUCAUUGACACGACCAGCGGACCUAUACGCGGCCAGCCGUCGUCUCUUCGUUCAGAUGUCUCCGAGUAUCUAGGAAUUCGCUACGCGAAACCCCCAAUCGAUGACCUGCGAUUUGCGGCGCCCGUUCCGCCGGACCGAUCCACCACGGUGUUCAACGCGACAGCUUAUCGGGCCUCAAUGGACCAUGCCUUCAAUGUUGGUCCACCGGGCGAAAAGAUCCUGUCGGCCCUUGCACAGAGAGACAAGGACUGUCUGUCUGUGAACGUCUGGAUCAAGCCCCAGAACGGCGACAGGAAGAAAGCGGUCUUCUUCUGGAUCUACGGCCGAGACUUCAAGUCCGGCAGCUCCCACACCCUCACCUACGACGGGUCCACCCUAGCCGACGAAAACGACCUCAUCGUCGUCACCCCCAACACCCGCGUCAACGUCUUCGGCUACUCCGGUGCCCCAGGCCAACCCUGGAACGUCGACAACAUCGCCGCCUUCGGGGGCGAUCCCGCCCGUAUAACUGUCGGCGGUAUCUCCUCGGGCGGCCUCACGGCCGACAUCCUUGCCUACAGCAACCUGCACGACCCCAUCGCCCACGCCUACAUCCCUCACUCUGGCAUCGCCAGCUCCUACCUCGCGACCGGCGCGCACAACGACCAAAAAGUCUCCACUGCAGCAUGGUACAACCUCUCCUCGACCGUCGGAUGCGGCGAUGCCGACAGCGCCCACGACACCACCGUCGCCUGCAUGCGCGCCAAACCAUACCCCGACCUCCUCGCCGCGAUGCAGCAGCACCCCACCAAGCAAUCCAACUUCAGGCCUGUCGAAGACGAUGACACCGUCCCGCGGGACUUCGCCACACAAGCCCGGAAGGGCCGUUUCGCGCACAAGCCGCUCUUGACAGGCUCGACGGACAACGAGCUCGGCUUCUUCCUCGUCAUCGCUUUGAUCAAGGACAACCUGACGACUGAGCAAAUCGCCGCCUUUCCUGUGCGUCUCCUCCAGCCGCUGAUGGACCUGUUCGCCCUGGCGAGCUUCAGUUGUCCGGCGGCGGAGGCGGCGCAGUAUCGCGCGGAUCGGGGCAUUCCCGUCUGGCGGUAUCGGUAUUAUGGGGGGGAGUAUACUAAUACGGAGGUGGUGCCUGUGGGGUCGGCGUACCACGGCUCGGAAGCGCCCAUGGUGUUUGGGACGGCGUCAGUCGUGACGGGGAUGGCUGACAGCGAGGCGGAGGCGCAGGCGGGGCGGUAUAUGCGGGCGGCGUGGGCGGCGUUUGCAAAGGAUCCGGUGGGAGGGUUGAGUGGGGGGGAGUUUCAGUCGGACACGCGCUCCCUUAUCCAAUUGUCGCUCGGCAACCAGACCAAACCAACUUAUAUUUCCCCUUCCGAGACGGACGCGAUGUGUCCGGUGCUGAAGUCGUAUGAUAGCGUGAUAGACAAUCUGAACAUUGUGUUCACAGCGAUGGGAUCGGAUCAAGGGGAGGAACUUGGAAAGGAAUUGGCCGAUAUCUUCUACGAGCCGCUGGAUAACGAGGCAGCGAUGAGGCACGCUUUGGAUCGUAUACACGAAAUUGCAGCGUCGAUACGGGGGUGAUAGAUAUGUCGGGAUUAACUCUAGUUCAUCGAUGAAUAGAUAUCUGCUUCAUUCUAUAUAUCCACGUCUCUGGCCAAGGCAAGAUACAUAUCAUAGUAGCACUUAGUAUUCACAUAUCCAGGAGCUGGGUCCACAUAUAUAUUUACAUCCCUACAUUCUUG